GCCUUGCAAAGCCUCUUCUCAAGCCCUCGCUUGGGGGAUCCCGCCAGCCGCACCCCACUCUUUGAACGUCAGCCAGAACCAGAGAAACUCAGGCUGGAUGCAGCCUUCCCGUUCUUGGGAUCAGGUAUGGCUGGCUACACGAAACCUCCCAGUUUGCUGACUCCCUAUGGCCGGAAUGCCUCCUUUCCCGAAUAUCCUUGGAAUUUUAACCCUUACCUGUCCAGCACUUUCCCUCUGAACAGCUCCAAGCUGCCCACCUCUCUCUAUUCCCCUCAUUUCUACCCCAACCCUUUGUCUGGCUCGCUGGCCCAGCUUCCCACGCCCAUCUCCCUCCUGACCAACGAAAACCCCGAGAGAACAACAGCCCUGGCGGGUAGCUCCGUGCCCAGGCUCUGCCUCCCGACCCACAGCACCACUCUGCCCCUCCGCGGGGAUGCCCACGCACCCAGCACUCGCGCUAAGGAAUUGCUAGGCACCAGGCCGCCCAGUCCUUCCGGAGGCCGAGGGGCUAAGGAGGACCCGGCGUCCGAUUCCGAGUUGGAAAUCACAGAUUUGAGUGAAUGCAGUUCGGAAAACGAAGGCUGCGAUUUUAGCCCCGACAGUUUGGAGACGUUAGAGAGCCAGGUGCCAAAUUUCAAACGGUUGGAGAGCAAGCGGGCAGCCAGGGGAAGGCCCGGUCAGCUAGAUGGGGAGGUGGGAGUCAGCCUGGGUCUUAUCAAGCAAGGGAAGGCUCUUGCAAGCAGUUGAAAGCGAGCCCCGAGGUCUCUGGUGUCGUCCCCCCUUACCCCAAAUUCGAAACCAAGGUUAAAGGAAACAAGGUUAAAGCCCACCCCUUCUGUGUCCACUCGAUGUCUAUUUUUAU